ACCCCUCGCUUGUCUGCGUAUUGAAGAAAGCAUCCGUGCUGUUUGAACUCCGCUCCAGUGGUCCAGCUCGGGGUUUGGGGGGGCAGAGGAGCAGAAGAAGUCCUCAUCACAGCACACCGCUCAGCUCCGCUUCUGUCCGGGAACUCCGCAACAAGUGGACGGAGAGGGACCGUUCUAAACGCGGCACGGGAGGAAACGUUAGAAAGAGGACAGAAACGGUUGCUGCGGAGCCGCGGGCUGAUUGAGCGCUCAGAGAUGCAAGCCACGCUCGCUGCGCUCCUCUGCGUCCUGGCUGCUGCUGUUGGUCUGGAGCCUGAUCACAGCCACGGCUGCGCCCAUGGCAGCUGUUACCCAGCAACCGGGGAUUUACUGGUUGGGCGAGAGAAGAACCUGAAAGCCUCGUCCACAUGUGGAAUGAGAAGGAAAGAGCCUUACUGCAUCGUCAGUCAUUUGCAGGAUGAGAAGAAGUGUUUUGACUGUGACUCCAGACGACCAUAUGAUCCGACCUACAACACCUUCAGUCACAGGAUAGAGAACGUUAUCACUACCUUUAAGCCUCACCGCAAGAAGUCGUGGUGGCAGUCAGAGAAUGGAAAGUCGGAUGUCUUUAUCCAGCUGGAUCUGGAAGCAGAGUUUCAUUUUACUCACCUGAUUAUGACAUUCAAGACUUUCCGUCCAGCAGCCAUGUUGAUUGAGCGUUCGGCAGAUUUUGGUCGUACCUGGCAGAUCUACCGCUACUUUGCCUAUGACUGUGCUGCCAUCUUCCCUGGAGUCUCAGAGGGUCCUUUGCGUAACAUAAAUGAUGUCAUCUGUGAGUCACGCUAUUCUGACAUUGAGCCAUCGACAGAGGGAGAGGUCAUCUACAGAGUGUUGGAUCCAGCCAUCAGGAUUCAGGAUCCCUACAGCCCGACUAUACAGAACCAGCUAAAGAUCACCAACCUGAGAGUGAAUUUCACUAAACUUCACACGUUGGGAGACAACCUGCUGGACCCCAGAGCUGAAAUCAAAGAGAAGUACUACUAUGCCAUGUAUGAACUUGUCGUUCGUGGGAACUGCUUCUGUUAUGGCCACGCCUCAGAGUGCGCCCCCAUUGCUGGCAUCAGGGAUGAUAUAGAAGGAAUGGUUCACGGCAGGUGUGUCUGUAACCAUAACACCAAGGGUUUGAACUGUGAGCAGUGCGACGACUUCUACAACGACCAGCCGUGGAGGCCAGCCGAAGGACGCAACACCAAUGCCUGCAAGAAGUGUAACUGUAACAGCCACUCAACAACCUGCCACUUUGACGUGGCGGUGUAUUUGGCCACGGGAAAUGUCAGCGGAGGAGUGUGUGACGAUUGUCAGCACAACACCAUGGGACGCCACUGUGAGAUAUGCAAACCCUUCUACUACAAAGACCCCGUGAAGGAUAUGAGGGACCCAAGAGUUUGCAUACCUUGUGACUGUGACCCAGACGGUUCGCAGAAUGGGGGGCUGUGCGACAGCCACACAGACCCGUCUCUCGGCAUGGUGGGAGGUCAGUGCCGGUGCAAGACUAAUGUGGAGGGCCCACGCUGUGACAAGUGUAAGACCGGCUUCUUUGGCCUGAGUGCGGACAACCCUCACGGCUGCCAGCCUUGUCAGUGUGACCACAGAGGAACGGUGUCAGGUAGCUCGCAGUGUGAUCCAGUCAGCGGAGACUGUUUCUGCAAGCGUCUUGUCACUGGACGCAGCUGUGACCAAUGUCUGCCAGAACACUGGGCACUGAGCCACGACCUGAAUGGCUGCAGGGGCUGCGAUUGUGACAUCGGAGGAGCUCUGGACAACCACUGCUCCAUGGAGAGCGGUCAGUGCCGCUGCCGCAGUCACAUGACAGGACGCCAGUGUACACAGGUGGAGUCUGGCUAUUUCUUUAUGGCUCUGGAUCACCUCCUUUAUGAAGCUGAGACUUCCAGAAUGGGACGGGGCUGUACGAUGGAGAUCAGGGAGCAUCAGCCUGGCCGACCUGCCAUGUGGACAGGUCUUGGGUUUGCCCGGGUACCUGAAAGUGGGACACUGGAGUUCCUUAUCAGUGACAUUCCCUACUCCAUGGAAUACGAUUUGCUCAUUCGCUAUGAGGCGCAGAUGCCCCAGGACUGGGAGGAGGUGUGGGUAACAGUGAUCCGUCCGGGGCCGAUUCCUACCAGCAGCCCCUGUGGAAACACCAUCCCCGAUGAUGACAGACUUACUGUGUCUCUACCUGCUGCAGCACGGUUUAUGGUGCCUCCUCAGCCUGUGUGUCUGGAGAGAGGUGAGACUUACACCCUCCGCUUCGAGUUCAGACGCUACCAGGAUCCCAACAGUAUCCUCAACGGAGCGGCCAACGCUGUGCUCCUUGUGGACUCUAUCGCAUUGAUGCCACGCCACUCGUCCAUGGAGAUGUUCAACGCGGGGGAUCCAGCCUCCAACAUCAGGAGGCAGACGUAUGAGCGGUAUCGCUGCCACGAUGGGGCAAAGAGCGUGACGCGCCCACUGAUGAGUGACACCUGUGCCAAGCUGAUCAGCAGCAUGUCAGCUAUCAUAAAUGAUGGAGCUCUGCCUUGUACCUGUGACCCUCAGGGGUCAAUGAGCUCCCUCUGUGAUGUCCGGGGAGGCCAGUGUCGCUGCAGACCCAAUGUGAUUGGUCGACGCUGUGACCAGUGUGCUCCAGGAACUUAUGGCUUUGGACCCUCAGGCUGCAUUGCCUGCGGUUGCAGCUUGGAAGGCUCCGUGACUCGACUUUGUGACAAGUUUACUGGUCAGUGCCAGUGCCGCCCAGGAGCAUUUGGUCAGCGCUGCGAUGGAUGUCAGUCAGGUCACUGGGGCUUCCCCAGCUGCCGACCCUGCCAGUGUAAUGGGCAUGCAGACCAGUGUGACCAGAGGACCGGCGCCUGCGUCAACUGCAGGGACAAUACUGGAGGAGACAAGUGUGAGAGGUGUGCCAAUGGUUUUUAUGGUAACCCAGUUUUGGGCGUAGCAUCCGGUGGUCAGUGUCGUCCGUGUCCCUGCCCAGAUGGCCCCAACAGUGGACGUCACUUUGCUGCAUCUUGUUACCAGGACACUCGUAACAGACAAAUUAUCUGCAACUGCAACCAAGGAUACACAGGGAUUGUUAAACGCUCCGGGGUGAACAUUUUUAAGCGUGCCCGAUGUGAGGAAUGUGCCCCAGGUUAUUAUGGGAACCCCUCUCAGCCGGGAGGGCGCUGCCAGCUGUGCCAGUGCAACAACAACAUAGACAUGUCAGACGUGGACGCCUGUGACAGGCAGACCGGAGAGUGCAAGAAAUGCCUUUACAACACUGAAGGUCCCAACUGCGGCAUCUGCAGGAGCAGCUAUUUCGGGGAUGCUUCCCGCCGAAACUGCAGGAAGUGCAUAUGUAACUUCCUGGGUACUGACCGCAGCCAGUGUAUUGAGCGUGAGGACUGUGUGUGCCAGCGUGCCACAGGCCAGUGCCAGUGUCUACAAAACGUUGUAGGUCUGACAUGUGACCACUGUGCCCCCAACCACUGGAACCUGGCCAGUGGGAGGGGCUGUGAGCCAUGCGGCUGCGAUCCUAACAAUUCUGUUACCUCUUCAUGUAAUGAGUUCACUGGUCAGUGUCAGUGCCGCGAUGGCUUUGGAGGGAAGAUAUGCACAGACUGUCAGGAGAACUACUGGGGAGACCCCAAAACACAGUGCAGAGCAUGCGACUGUGACUGGCGUGGGAUUGAGACCUCUCAGUGCAACCGAGUGACAGGCCACUGCGUUUGUCAGCAGGGAGUGUCGGGUGUCCGCUGUGACCAGUGUGCCAGAGGCUUUUCUGGCCAGUUCCCCAACUGCCAGCCCUGUCACCAGUGCUUUGGGGACUGGGAUCGCAUUGUGCAGGACUUGGCAGUGCGCACCAAAGCUCUUGCAGAGCGUGCCCAUGAGAUUCAGACCACUGGCCUCACCGGACCCUACGAGAAAGUCUUUAAAGACCUGGAGGUGAAACUGGCCCAAGCUCAGGGCAUUGUCAUUGCACGUAACACCACUGCUGCAGCCGUCACUACCCUAAUGGAGCUUAUUGAAGAUCUUAGAGCGCAGAUUGGGGAGACCACUGAUACGUUAAACAGUCUGGAGGGAGAAUUAACCAACGUCCAGGACAGCAACUCAGAAGCAAGCAAGGACCUGAGUGCUCUGGAGAGGGAGGCUAAGGAGUUAAACCUCACUUCAGAGCAGCUACACCGCCAGCUGGAUAUCCUCAAAAACUCCAACUUCUUAGGGGCGUACGACAGCAUCCGCAGCUCCUACAACAGGUCUCGUGAUGCGGAGCGGCGGGCUAAUGAAUCAACAACCACCAAGCCCAGCACAGUCAGCCAAUCUGCAGACACCCGCCGCCGUACUGAACGCCUCAUCACAGCAAAGAAAGACGACUUCAACCGUAAAAAUGCUGCAAACAAGCGUGCUCUGGGAGACCUCAACGCCAAAGUGCAGGGCUUGGACAUGAAGAAGCUCAACGAGAAGAUCUGUGGCGCCCCGGGUGAUGCUCCCUGUGGAGAAAGCCCUUGUGGGGGUGCGGGUUGCCGUGACGAUGAGGGGAAGCGUCAUUGUGGAGGCCUGAACUGUAACGGCGCUGUGGCAGUAGCUGACAGCGCCCUGGAGCGAGCCAGACAUGCAGAGAAGGAGCUGAACAAAGCCAUGAGGGAAGUGGAGGGACUCUUUACCAAGGUGGCAGAGGCUAAAUCAAAGGCAGAGGAGGCUAAGGGUAAGGCCAAAGCAGCUCUGGAUAAAGCUGCCACUAUCAAAAACAAAGUGGAGCGUUCCAACAAUGACCUGAGAGACCUCAUCAAACAGAUCAGGGACUUCCUCACUCAGGAAGGCGCAGACCCAGACAGUAUUGAGGCAGUGGCAAACCGGGUGUUGGAGCUCUCCAUUCCUGCUUCACCCAUCCAGAUCAAACAUCUUGCUGAUGAAAUCAAGGACCGGGUCCACAGCCUUUCAAAUGUGGAUGCCAUUCUACAGCAGACACAGGAUGAUGUCCGCAAGGCCGAACAACUGCUGCUGGAUGCCAAAAGGGCGAGGCAUCAUGCUGAGGGGGUGAAGACGACAGCAGAGCCAGUGAAGAAGGCCUUGGUGGAUGCUAAGAAUGCCCAGACUGCAGCAGAGAAAGCCAUAGCGAAAGCCAAAGCUGACAUUGGGGAGACUGAAAAACGGCUGGCAGAGAUUGAGUCAGAAACAUCCCACGGUGAGAUGAACCUUAAUGAUGCCGUGAACCGCCUCGGCACACUGGGACGUGAGAUCAAUGCCCUGAAGACCAAACGUGCCAGCAACAGAAUGGCAGCGGCCCGAGCCGAAGAGACAGCUACGAUGGCACAAGACAAGGCAAAUGAAGCCAAGCAGAUUCUGGAUGGCCAGUUGACAGAUAAAUACAAUGAGGUGCAGCAGCGGGUUGACACUAAAGCCAAGGCUGUGCAGGAUGCCAAGAAAAGGGCAGCAAGUCUCAGAGAUGAAGCCAAGGAACUUCUGAAAGAUGCCCAAGGAAGCUACAGCGACUAGCAGAGCUGGAAAAAACUAUGAGGAAAACCAGAGGAGACUGGAGGGGAAAGCUCGUCAGUUGGACGGCCUGGAGGACAAAAUGAAAAGCAUCCUCAACGACAUCAACAAACAGAUCCAGAUCUACAACACAUGCCAAUAACGCACCACUCCAAGUCAAAAGAUAAGAAGCCCAUCAUCUUCUUCAUCUGCCAUUUCCUUCAGAUACAGUUACAUGUUAAUUCAACAAGAUGGAAAAAUUUCACUCCAGCAGUAAUGUGCAUAUUUUGUCUCCAAAGUUUUUUUUUCAGUGUUUGUAUUGGUUGCUAUCAUAUUGACAUAAAUAAAAGUUUUCUGAUGUCAUGUUUUAUUAUUGUUUCAAAUUUGAGUACAAAAUUUUUGCUUUUAUUGUUGAAAAAAAAAUCUCACAUGUAAAUGUUAAAAUGUGUGCUUUCAAUAUAAAAAAAAUGGAAGUUGUAUUUUUUUUUUUAAAUAAUUUUAAAUUAUAAAGUUUUUGCCUUUAUUUCCCAUGUGAUGGUGUAGCAGUAGUUAGGUGGUCCAGGUCUUAACCAUUAAGCCACCAGAUGCUGCCUGUCUUCUGUUUAUUGAAUGCAGAGUGACUUAGUUGUAAUCAGCGAUCAGUCUUUAGCUGUUUGUUAAUCCUGAGCUGUCCUCAUCCCAAUAGGACUUCAUUUAAACUGCAGUAACUGCAGCAACUUUGGGGGGCAUGUGAACAUGAAUUCAGACAAAGAUUCUUAGAUAUAUUUGUUUUUUUUGGCUUGAUGGGCAUAAUUAUUUUGCUUUUUAAAGAGCCUGUCAUAAGGUACUUUUAUUAUUUGAAAGGAAGAGAUGAACAAAUACAUUGCAUUCUCUGGAUUUUAAACAUAAGAUUCUCGAAUGAAACACAGAUGAAGAGUGGGUUAAGAAUCAAGUUACCAUGUUUGUCUUCAUGCAAAAUAACAGGGAAACAAGUCCUGAACACUUAUAUGUAUAAAUUUAAUGAAGUGUUUGUCUCUGAUGCCUGGAGUAGGAGGAUGGCUGUAGAGUGAAUGUCAAGAACUGCAACAAAUGCCAAACUGGGUGCUGCACAGAUUGUGAAUGUUUAUCACAUAUACUGCGAUGGAGCAUGGUGUAUCUGCAGUAAUUGAUUAUUGAAGUAACAUAGUAAUAAGCAAUGUAUAUUACAGUGUUUAAUUGUGCCUUAUAUUGCCAGUAUCAUACACGAAUUUGCUAUUUGCAUGCCAAUUUGUGUUUUAAGAAACAAAAAUAAUUUCUUACACUUAGAAGCUGCAGCCAAAUGAUUUGGCUAAUUGCCAAAACAAAAACACCAAAAGA